AUGUCGAGCCAACCUCUCCUCCAGACUGCCCCGGGCAAGCGCAUCGCCCUGCCCACGCGCGUCGAGCCCAAGGUCUUCUUCGCCAACGAGCGCACCUUCCUCUCAUGGCUCAACUUCACCGUCAUCCUCGGCGGCCUGGCCGUCGGGCUGCUCAACUUUGGCGAUAAGGUCGGCCAGAUCAGCGCCGGUCUCUUCACCCUCGUCGCCAUGGCCGCCAUGAUCUACGCCCUCAUCACCUUCCACUGGCGCGCCAAGAGCAUCCGCCAGCGCGGCCAGGGCGGCUUCGACGACCGCUUCGGCCCCACCGUGCUGGCCCUCGCCCUGCUGGCCGCCGUCAUCGUCAACUUUGUCCUCCGCGUCACGAACUGA